UUCUCUCUCUUCUUUCUUCUUUCUUUUCCUUUAUGUCUUCAUUUCCAACCCUUCGUAACCCUCUAUUGCCCAGUCCUCCACGCAAGAAGAAGCCAAGUAAACUCAGCAGGACAGAAUUCUUUAGUAGCCUUCAGCUAUCUGCUGCUGCUAGCUUGAAGCCUUCGAUAUCGACUGAUUCUUUCCGUAACUUUGUCAAUCAGACAAUACAUCAUAUCUCUGGUGCUAAUGUACGCAUGAAUAAACGAAUUAUGCCCUCUGGUAUGCCUAAAUCAGCAACCAUGGAUAUGAACCAUGAUCGUUAUCCAAGCAUGGAACCACUGGUUCAUUACAAUGGUCCGCAACAUACUCUGGAAGAGUUACCAGUAGAGAAAUUAAAUUGGAUAAAAGAGGAUCAACUCAGCAACAGCAUGAAAAAUCCCUUAUCACAUUAUAGCCGUUCGAUCGUCCUAAGAAAGCCUUUGAAGCGUAGCAAAACAUAUCAUCAAUUAUCCUUAGCUUGUGCCUUUCAAAAGUCAGAAAUAAAGCCCAAAGCGAUGUUCUAUUUACGAAUUCUUCAAGUGACUGCUACUGAUACAUCGAAAGUUCGCUCCUUUAAAUGCACAGUUCAAGUCAAUGAUGACAUUUGUGCAGGAUCUUUUGUAACUGGUGAAAAAUCAGGAAAAAAUAGCACCAUUGUACACUUUGACGAAACCUUUUUAUUUGACAUUGAGGAACCCACGACAGCUACUAUCUCUGUUUAUGCCAAGAACCGAUCUUUGUUUGGUGGCAAACAGAAUGAGACUUGUCUCGGAAGAGAAACAAUUCCAAUCCAUUUACAGUUGAAACAAAAGUCAGCAGAACGAUUUGUACUAAAUAGUGAUCCUAAUUCAGGACAAAGUAAUGACUUUCAGCUACUGGUCAUUCAAGGAGUCUAUGUCAGUCGUAGAUCACAAACACUUUUAAACAACACUGUGCUUUUUGAAGACUAUAUCACCGUACACACUCACAGUGGUCAGUCUCAAAGGUGGGAGCGAUUUUGGGGAGUAUUACAUGCCACACAACUGGAGCUGUAUGACUUUGAAUACAAGAAGAGUAGAUCACCUUUAUAUGUAAUCCCGUUAGAUCAAUUCAUCAACGUGUCAAGCAUAGAAGAAGAUGAGGAGGAUCAUUGGGCUGAUAUUGGUUCGCGUGGACUCGUUCUCGAGUUUACUUCAAAGGCACUUGAUAAAGAGGAAAGAGGGUUUGCUUUUUCGGAACAAAGAGAUCAGGGAUGUCGCAUGUAUCUAUUGCCCGAGAGCACAGCUUCUGCUCGAGAAUGGAAAGAUAAAUUCAAUUAUGCAGCCUCAAUAUUUGAUGAGCUUGGUGGUGAUUUGAGUGAUUACGAUGAAGACUCAUCUGUUUAUAGCUAUGAAUAUAGUGAUAGCAGUAGUCGACUAACUGUUCCAUCUAAAUUAUUAUGGUAAAUAAAUGACAUACCCAUUUGGUUUUUUUUUUUCUAUUCUUUUGGAUCAAGGUUCCUUGCUUAAUUAUUUGAUGACUAAAAGUAGAAAAGAAGAAUCCAUUCAGUUCGAUAGUUUUCUGACUUCUUUACGAAUAAAUAUGUUGUAACUGUAACCAUAUACCUGUGUUAUUAUUAAUAGCUUAAAUUUCACUAUAAAGCUACAACUAAUGACGCGCUUCAUUAUUUCACAGCUAUCCUAU